GUAUACUCAUGCCUCGUUGUCGAAAGGUUAGAAGCUGUCACAGGCUUCACCCGUCUCAUAAGGUGUAUGUUUAUUCGGAGAGACGACUGGUGGUUUUAUCUGUGAAACGGAUCAACCAAUGUAGCGGUUAAAACUCCGUAUCGGGGAAGUCGGGGGAGUCGAUUAUCCGGAAUGCACGAAGCUAUAGGCGACGAAUUUAAAUUACACUAAGGAGGAUAGACACCAAGAUGAUAGAAUGAGUCUGCUGCAUCGUAUGCGCGAAACAGACGUCAGACUGCCCGGCUACCGGAGGCGAAGAGUGGACCAAAAACAAUGAAACCAAUUGCCAACGUUUCGCAGAUGUUCGUGGAUCGUUAUUGUAAUGGAUCUGGACAGACUGGAUUCACCGAAACUGAUCUUGGAAGAAUCCUUGCCCAAGGGAUGUGGGAUAAUGACAAAAAAGGGGAAGAGGGGUUUAUCUCCAUGUCACGUAGUCGCAAAGGCACGGCCAAAAAGCGAUGGGAACAUUCCCGUCAGGUGACAGCUGCUGAAUUACUGGAGACUUUGCGCAACACAAUCCAGAGUGAAGCCGUGGAGAUGAGCUUUGAUUACUUGAUGUUACAUCGAGUAUGCUGGGGGAUGCUUCGGUUUGCCAAAGAAGCGUGUGACGCCCACCUGCGAAAACUCUUUGGCUUUGGGUACCUGGAGAAAGAGAGCCAGCUGCCAUUUCUGGUGGGAUAUAUCUUCAUGGCUGUCAUGAAUACUGACCGACUGGGGAAGCAGAUAGUAGAGAAGGGCGAAGCAGUUAAGAGCAAUUUACUGAUGUGCGCCGCGGAGGUGGUUGAGGAUAUGAUAGAUACUAAGUCUGGAUCUAUUGUGCACAAGAAGCUGGCCACACAAGGCUUUCAGAUUGAAUUUGAAGAGGAUUGA